GCUGGGCGGGGGCAGGCGGGGCCGGCCGGAGCGGCAGCGCCGCUCGGCGCCGGGGAAAGAGGGCUCGGCGCCGUGAAUUCCAGGGCAAAGCCGUCCCUCAGUGGCCGGCAGGAAGCGGAGCCAGCCCCGGGCACGGCCCCAGCCUCGAGGCCAGACCCCCGCCCCGCCACUCCCCGCGGAAAGGAAGGCGAGGAGAAGGGAAGACAGGAGCGCUACCGAUCCCCUCCUCCCGGCGCAGGGGGAGGAGGAAGAAGGGGAAGGAGCGACCGGGGAGCCACGGCGGCCGACGCUGAGCUCGGAGGGACGGGCCAGAGUAAGCCCCCCGCGGCCCUGCCCAGCGGGAGGGUCCCGGCGGCGCGGAGGAGGCGCCACCGGCGCGGGGCGGUGGCUGGAUCCUGGAUCCUGCCCCGGGACGCCGAAGUUGUGGCGGCGCGGCGGCCGCCCCUGUCGUCUCUCUCCAUGUCCGUGUAACUCGGCGGCGGCGAGGAGGAGUAGGAGGAGGAGGCAGGGGGGACCCUCCCGCCUCGGCCCCGCUUGCCGCCCCGCUCCGGCGGGCUGUUGUGCGAGAGAGACCCACACACACACCCUGCGCCCCGUCCCGCCCCUCGCCCCGCAGUCCCGGGAGGCCGGGCCGGGCGCGGUGCUGUCGCCGCCGCCGAUCGCGGCUCCCCGUGUCCGCUGCCUGAGGAAGAGAAGGAGCAGGAGGCGGAGGCAGCGCCCCGGCGGGCAGCGGCGCAGCCAUGAGCGGCGGGGAGGUGGUCUGCUCGGGCUGGCUCCGAAAGUCCCCGCCGGAGAAGAAGUUGAAACGCUACGCAUGGAAGAGAAGGUGGUUUGUGCUUCGGAGCGGCCGCCUAACAGGGGAUCCAGAUGUAUUGGAAUACUACAAAAAUGACCAUGCCAAGAAGCCUAUCCGUAUUAUUGACCUAAAUUUGUGUCAACAAGUGGAUGCUGGAUUAACAUUCAACAAAAAGGAGUUUGAAAACAGCUAUAUUUUUGAUAUCAACACUAUAGAUCGAGUUUUCUAUUUGGUAGCAGACAGCGAGGAGGAGAUGAAUAAGUGGGUUCGAUGUAUCUGUGAUAUCUGCGGGUUCAACCCUACAGAUGAGGAUGCUGUGAAGACACCAGUUAGUUCUUUACAACCAUCUGCUGAGUUACCCUUGCCCAUCAGCACUUCACCGCCCUCCUUACAAGCAGAAUCUUCCCUUCCUUCUCCUUAUCGGCUCAUUAAUGUCCCCCCUCUGGAGUCUGCCUCUGGUCAGGAAGAUCCUCAAGACUACUUACUGCUAAUAAACUGUCAAAGUAAAAAACCUGAACCUAUGAGAUCUCAGGCUGACUCUGCAAAAUCCAGCUCUUCAGAAACAGACUGCAAUGAUAACGUGCCCUCCCACAAGAACCCUGUUGCACCAGGGAGCAAGCACACUGUGAACGGCUUCUUCCCGCAGCAGGGUGCCUACGAUUCCCCGCCUUCCCGCUCCGCGCUGGCAGACUCCAGCCUCUACAACCUGCCCAGGAGUUACUCCCAGGAUGUUCUGCCCAAGGCAGCGUCUCCAUCUGGAACUGAUGCUGAAGGAGAGCAGCAUGUUUUCAAUACCCCAUCAGCAGUGUCGUUAGACACGCAGAUGAGGCACAUCUCCAUUAGCUAUGACAUUCCCCCCACACCCGGAGGUACUUAUCAGGUCCCACGAACUUUUCCAGAGGGAACAUUGUCUCAGACUUCAAAACUGGAGACUAUUCCAGACAUCCCUCCACCUCGGCCCCCCAAACCUCACCAGGCAGCGGAUCGCUCUCCUGUGGAGACGUGUGGCAUCAGCCGCACCGCGUCGGACACGGAGAGCAGUUACUGCGUCCCCGCUGCAGGAGCGCCGCCCUCGCGCAGCAACACCAUUUCCACGGGAGACCUGAACGUCUUCCGGAAAGAAAUUAGUUCUCAAGACUGUUAUGAUAUUCCACGAACGUUUCUGAAUGACAGAUCUAAUUCAUUGGAGGGCUUCCAUAACCACUUUAAAAACAGAAGCAUGUUGACAGUGGGAAGUGUUUCAAGUGAAGAACUAGAUGAAAAUUAUGUCCCAAUGAAUCCCAACUCUCCUCCACGACAGCAUUCCAGCAGCUUCACUGAACCCAUCCAGGAAACAAACUAUGUACCCAUGAUACCUGGCACGUUUGAUUUUCCAUUGUUUGGAAAGCAAGUCCCUCCUCCUGCUCACAUGGGUUUCAGGUCCAGCCCAAAGACCCCUCCCAGACGGUCGGUGCCUGCUGCAGAGUGUGAGCCGCCGCCGGUGGAUCGGAACCUCAAACCUGACAGAAAAGGUCAAAGUCCUAAAAUUUUAAGACCUAAACCACAUGGUUUAGAGCGAACUGAUUCACAAACCAUAGGUGACUUUACUACAAGAAGAAAGGCAAAACCAGCUCCACUAGAAAUAAAACCUCUGCCUGAAUGGGAAGAAUUACAAGCUCCAGUUAGAUCUCCUAUCACCAGAAGCUUUGCACGAGACUCCUCCAGGUUUCCCGUGUCUCCCAGACCGGAUUCAGUUCAUAGCACAACUUCCAGCAGUGACUCGCACGACAGUGAAGAGAAUUAUGUAUCCAUGAACCCAAAUCAAUCCUCUGAAGACCCAAAUUUGUUUGGAAGCAACAGCCUCGAUGGAGGAAGCAGCCCUAUGGUAAAACCUAAAGGAGAUAAACAAGUGGAAUAUUUAGAUCUGGACCUAGAUUCGGGAACGUCUACCCCACCUCGUAAGAAGAAGAACAGUGGCUCGGGCAGCAGCGUGGCAGACGAGAGGGUGGAUUACGUUGUGGUGGACCAGCAGAAAACCCUGGCCCUGAAGAGCACGCGGGAGGCGUGGACUGAUGGCAGACAGUCCACGGAGUCCGAGACACCCACCAAGAGUGUGAAGUGAAAACGCUGCUCUGGCUUUGAAGAAUGGAAAGAAGUGAAUUUUGAAGAAUCACAGAACCACAAUGGCAGUGUUGUUCAGCUGCACAGUACCUGAUUCCCUGGGCUGGGAAUCAGUUCCUCGCCAAAUAAGUUGGAAGCCAAAAGACACUUCGAAUAUAUCAAAGGAACUUUAAGAUCCUGAAUUGGCUCUGUCUGGAAAAAUCACAGCCUGUAAAUAACCUGUAAAAUAAUAUUACUUAGGUUUCAGAAAACCUUUUGUUCUGUAGUUAACACAUUUGUAGUAUUACUUUGUUUAUGCACUUUUUCAGUUACAAUAUUGAUUCAGGUAUUCACAGUUAGUGUACCUUAAUGUCUAAUUCAUCUGGAGAAUUCUUUUUUCCUUACACUACUAUUCCUCACAAUUUUAGGUUAAUUAAGCUACAUGUAGAAAUGGAAAUUAAUAUUUGAACUUCAUUUUAACAACUCAAAAUUGAUUUUGCAGAAAUUCUUUCACAAUUGAAUAAUCUACUUGAAAUUCCAAGAGACAACCGUUAGUUACAUAUUUGUUUAUAUUUAAUACAUACAAGAUUAUUUGGAAGUCUACAGGUUUACCUUCCUAACAAAAAAUAGCUGUGAGUUAAUAAUAAUGAACUGUUCUGGGUUUAGACCUAAAAUCCUGGCUUAUAUGUUAGUUGUUAGUGGUGGAACUUCUAUUGUGUUUUAUUAAUGACAGUGUUCUGUGUUCAAUCAGUGAAGAUUCUGCAGGGUAGGAUCUUACACUUUCAAAGACUGAAUAAUUAAAUGUCAAGUAAGCCUGCAAACCACUGAUGGCAUGCAGUAAUAUUGUGAUCUCACACUUAUUAACAAGAAAUAACCUUUAUAUUAUUUACAGAAGGUAGAGUAUAUAAAUCAGGUACGUACCAAGCACUGUUGUGCUAAUACACUGAUCAGGUUUAGACGAUGAGCUUUAGUUUUGUACUGUUUAAAAGUUCUAAUGUCAGUUUUCAGUUCAAGAUUAAUGGGACAGUUUGACAUUCACUUUUUGUAGUACUAGCAAAAUACUGUGAUUUUGAAUUAGACAUUAACUCAAAUGGAAAUACUAUGUUUUAACACCAUAGUGUCCUUCUUAUGAGCUCUAUUUUACUUUAAUCUCCUGCUUGGCCUUAUAUUUAAAUCCCUAUGCAAUUGAUAUUUUAUAUCUCUGUUUUUAAAAAUUAGAUAAUGUACGUAAAUUAUCCCCUUGUACACCACUUGUUGCUAUUUCCUGGUACAGGAUUUUAAACUCUGUAUACUGUGAUCCUUUAUUUUACUAUGCCAGUUCCAAAUAAUAAUCUGCCUUGGUUUAGAAACAUUUUUUGUUAUUUGGAAGAAGAUAGAAUUCUUUAAAUACAUGAAUGAGUUAGGUCUAGAUAGAAAACUUACUAACACUUUUGUUUUAUACAAAUACCCUCAAUUAAGUGGUUGGUUUAAUUUUCCUGCCCAAUUGGGGUUUUUUUUGUCCAGAUCAUUUAAAAGCUGAGCCUAAAGCUGCAUUGUUUUCUGGCAUGUUGGCCUUCAUACUGUGCCUAAUCUACCAUCAGUUGUUUCUCUCCCUCACAGCCACAAUUUACAGUAUGUAAAUUAUCUUCUUCCUAACAAAUGUUCUUUUUAAAUUAGUAAUAUUUUGAUGCUUUGAAUGUUCAUUUGAAAAAAAGAAACUGAACACAAUGCAUUUUGAGGUGAAUUUUAAAUAAAUCAAGUUGUUCUGUUUUGGUGUGUAAACUCUGUCUUGCAAAGCAGCAAACGGAUGUCAGUGUGUCUGGGAAGGUGCCUGGAUACCAGCCACAUUUUUUCAGAAUUGCAGAUGUGCAGCUAGAACCAUUUUUAACUUGAAGCCAAAUGAUGUGAAUUCCCACUCCUCUGGGAGCCAGGAAAAAAUCAGUCUCCUAAGCCAGCCUCUCCUGCUGAGCUAGUGAUAGGAGAUGGGUUUGCUGUAAGUUUGCUGAUAUCAGUCCUUGAUUUACAGAUUACACUUACUCUUUCUUCAUUUAAAAUUUGACAGGAUUCACAACAUUAUUUGUUAUUAUGAUUGAGGAUCUACUCUUAAUUUCUAGACUUUUCCCCUUCCUUUUGUUAAGGAAAACAGGAGCUUUCCCACGUACAGACGGCGUAACAUUUUCUAAGUAUCAGUCCACAAUUUCUCUUUAAUUAGAUUUCUAAGCAGUUUUUUCCCCCAUAUUCCAGUGUUACAUCUUCCAUACUUACAUACUGUCCAUGGUAUGUUCAGAAUCAGAGGUGUGAUAUUAACUUUUGAUGAUACAUCUCAUUUUCACGAGUGAAGCUACAGGGGCUUCACAAUGCAAAUCUGUCUGAGCUCUUGAAUGGGCUAAGGAUAUGAAUAUAAAAUUGGAAAUGUGACUCCUAAAGUUGUAGAUGAUAGAAAGCAAUUGAAACUGAUAUAGCCCUGUGUCACUUUCAGUUACUAGCUUUGUGAGGACACUCUGGUUGGAGGCAAGUUGGUGGAAACUCAAGUAGAUACUGGUGCAGAAGUAGCUUGUCAAUGUUGCUUGUCAAGUGUUCUUUUUUCAAAUAGGUAAGUUUUCUCUUGUUUGGCUCAAAUUCUAUGUUACCAGUUGCAGAUACAGUUUUCAUUGCUCUAUGUGUCAUUAUAAAUGGCAAGUAUAUAUAUGCAAUAUUUCUUGUACAGGUAUACAAGAUCUUGCUCUUAAAAAUUGAAAGGAAACUUGGUGCCUUGUACACUAAGAUUGACUUGAGAGGUGAUUUGGUAUCAUUCCAUGGAGUGAUCUGAACAUUUCUUUAUCUGCUAAUUACCAAUAGCCACACUUUUACACACUGUGAUAUAAUCACUAUUACCUCAUGAAGUGCAGGUGCAACACAGCUGUUCUGUUCCACUAGAACUUCAUAAUGUGACAUGGGAAAAGGUGAAAAUGUGGUCAUUAGUCUUUUUUUCUUUACUGAUAUUUGUAUCUGUGUAAAAAAAUAACAAACCAUUCAUGUAUGACAGUUGUGACGUAGUGCCACACCUAGGGAGUACAGACAAAUUACAGUGUGGCUGUUUUGAUUAAGUAAUUUAGAAUUUAUUGCUUCUUGUACCUAAUUAGGGA